CCCCCAUAUCCUCCCCCACGCUCCGGACUACAGUCGCGUACUGCUGGACAAGCCGAUACCGGGGCCCCGAGUUUAUGACUGCAGAGAGCCGCGCAUAAAUCCAUUCUCUCGGCCUCUCCGCAAUGCGCAUCCACGCCUGGGGCCUGCUGUCGGCCUUGACGGCGCUCGCUGCUGCAGCGAGCCAUCUGCCGCCUCGCAACUACACGAGCCACGACUAUUAUGCCAUCCACGUAUCACCAUCCACGUCUCCUCACGACCUCGCUGCCCAUCUGGGCUUGACGUACGAGGGCCCGCUCGGCUCGCUCGACGACCACCAUGUCUUCAAGGGUCCCAAACACGAAAAUGAUAUUGUCGACGACGCACAACAAGAGCUCAAGAGACGGCGACGCAAGCGCGAAGUCGGCCUCGAGCACCACCCGCUUGACGACAUCCGCUUCACCCAGAAGCAAAAGCUGAAGCCGCGCCACUGGAAGCGCGGCAUCAUACCCAAGCAGCCAGCCCCAGCUGGACCCCCGGUCACGGAAGCCGUCGAGGCCCAGCGCGAGGUUGCCAAACAGCUGAAAAUCAACGAUCCCAUAUUCGAAGAGCAAUGGCACAUCUUCAAUGUCAAGACACGUGGAAACGACGUCAACGUUUCAGGUGUGUGGCUGCAAGGCAUCACCGGCGAGGGUGUUACUGCAUGCGUGGUUGACGACGGCUUGGACUACAACAGCAACGACCUAAAGGACAACUUCUUUGCAGAGGGCUCCCACGACUACAACGACCACGAAGACCUGCCCACGCCCAAACUUUCCGACGACCGUCACGGCACAAGAUGCGCUGGAGAGAUUGCCGCGGCAAAGAACGACGUGUGCGGAGUUGGGCUUGCCUACGACGCAAAGAUCUCAGGUGUGCGCAUCCUCUCGGGCGACAUUACAGACAUGGACGAGGCACUCGCUAUCAACUACGAGAUGCAGAAGAACGACAUCUACUCGUGCUCAUGGGGUCCCCCUGAUGAUGGCCGGACCAUGCAGGCACCAGGCAUUCUCAUCACCAAGGCUAUGGUGAAUGCUGUCCAGAAAGGUCGCGACGGCAAGGGCAACAUCUACGUCUUCGCUGCGGGCAAUGGCGCGGCUAGCGACGACAACUGCAACUUUGACGGUUACACCAACAGUAUCUACAGCAUCACGGUUGGUGCCCUCGACCAGAACAACCAGCACCCAUACUACUCCGAGGCGUGCUCUGCCCAGCUUAUUGUGACGUACAGCAGCGGUGGCGGUGAGGCUAUCCACACGACCGACGUGGGCGUAAACAAGUGCACCAGCUCACACGGAGGCACAUCUGCUGCUGGGCCCAUUGGUGUCGGAGUGUAUGCUCUGGUGUUGCAGGCCCGCCCCGAGUUGACGUGGCGCGAUAUGCAGUGGCUCACAGUCAUGAGCGCUGUACCUUUUGACACCCCUAGCGACUGGACCAAGACAUCUCUCGGCCGCAUGUUCAGCCACCAGUUUGGUUACGGAAAGCUCGAUGCUUAUGCCAUUGUGGAGCUCGCCAAGACGUGGGAGCUUGUCAAGCCUCAAGCAUGGUUCUAUUCGCCCUGGAUGCAUGUCCGCAAGGCAAUCCCAGAGGGCGAUCAGGGUCUCGCCAGCACUUUUGAAGUUACAAAAGAAAUGCUCAAAGAGGCAAACCUUGAGCGUGUUGAGCACAUCACUCUGACCAUGAACAUAGAGCAUGACCGCCGCGGAGACCUCAGCGUCGAGUUGCGAUCGCCGAGUGGCAUGGUCUCGCACCUCUCUACGGCGCGCCGCGACGACGAGGCGCCUUAUGGCUAUAUCGAUUGGACCUUCAUGUCGGUCGCUCACUGGGGCGAAAGCGCCGUCGGCAAGUGGACCGUCAUUGUCAAAGACGUCAAAGCAGGCAAUGACAAGACGGGUAACUUUACAGACUGGAGGCUGCGUCUCUGGGGCGAAUGCAUCGACGCAUCCAAAGCCAAGCUGCUUCCCAUGCCCGACGGCCACGAAGAUGAUGAUCAUGACAAGAUUGAGGACCACCCGGCCAUUACUACUAGCAUUCCGGUGCCUUCUAGUACUGCACCUGCCAUGACCUCUCUUCCCGAUGACCACCCCGAUCGUCCCGUUAACCAGAAACCCACUCCCACUCCUACUACGGCUGACAAUGGUGUACAGAGUUCGGUUACCCCAACGCCUAGUGCAACGGAAACCGCAGCUCCAACCGAAAACUUCCUGCCCAGCCCCUUCCCCACGUUCGGUGUCUCCAAGCGCACGCAGAUCUGGAUCUACGGUGCUCUUUCUCUCAUUCUGGUCUUCAUUGUCGGUCUCUGCACAUACCUAUUUAUCGCCAGACGCAAGCGUAUGAAGGACUCGCGCGACGCAUACGAGUUCGAGGUGCUGGACGGCGAAGAGGACAGGGACGACCAGGGUUUGCUUUCCGGCGCUGGUGCUGGAGGCAGGAAGAAGCGCACCAAGAGGGGUGGCGAGCUAUACGAUGCCUUUGCCGGCGAGUCUGAUGAGGACUUGCUGAGUGACGAUGAGGGAGAUGAAGGCCCGUAUAGGGAUCAGGAACGCUACAACGAAAAGUAUGAUCAGGAUGAGGCUAGUGAAGAGGACGGAAGCGGCAGCGGUGCUAGCUCUUCUGGCAGGAAGCAGUAGGAAUGUUUUUAGCCUUGGCAUUGUUUUCCGCGGCGUCAAUGUUAUGCAUUCUUCCUUCUGUGAAUAGUUGGUCUUUUUGUCUGCGAAUGCAUUCUUGGGCGGCGUUUCCUUCGUUUUACAUGGUUGUACAAUAUCCCCAAAGGUUUUGAAAGCAAGCCAUAUUUUUGCAAUGCAGUCGCAGUCAGAGCAAUGAA